CGGAACAGUUCUAUCGAUCAUGUAUCUUUUUUCUUAACAUAAACCCAUGAAAAGUUUCCAUUAAAUUCAUCAAUAAAAUUUUUUAUUUUUCACACAUUCACGUUAGAGAAGAAGUUUCAUGAUUGUUGCCCUAGAAACAAUUUAGCACACAAAGAUUUCCUAAAAAUUUACAUCGCUGGUCAAUUAUAUUUGCUUGGAAUUGAGCUUUCAGCGCCACACUAUGAUAAGAAACAGCAAAAGCCUUAUAAUAUUGCGACACCUGUCGUAGGUUUCUGUCUUGACAGAAGACGAUGUGACCUGUUCUUGCGUUGCUGUGUGCGUAUGCGCUAUCGCAUGAAUUUUCGCAGGUGGUGAUUUUUCGGUGCUGUAACGAGAGAAACCAAAGUGUACACCGGUCAGUGUUUUCGCACUCAAGGAGCAGCAACACAAAUCCGAGGCGCCCUGAUCGAGGGGCGUAGCCCGAAAUCAAAGAAGAAAAAGGGCUUUGUAGUGGGCCUCGUACGCACGACACAUUUUGGGUCGAGUUUCAUGCUAUCCCGUGAGAAGAUUACGAGAGUGUACACGUAAGAAGAGUAGAAGAGAAGAAGAGUAGAAAGAGGAAGAGAGAAGAAAUACGAAGAGAAGGAAGGAGUAGGUUGGGGAAGAUCAUUUUGACAAGCGGAUCAUCUAGUUACUAAAAUACUACAUACGAUGUUGUGUUACUUUGGAUUGAAUUCGUUGAUAAUAUUUUAAUUUUUAAAAUUCGAUUGAAGUAUACGCGAAAAAUUUGAACGAUAUUCUAACUAAUCAUUGUGCCAACGAGAAUCACUGCCAAUGUGCAAUUCAGCAGAUACUUCUUACAUACAAAAAUUAGGUUAUCUGCAUCUUGGAGAUGAUGCCGCGGACGCUGGUAACGCGACCAGGGUCUCGGGUUCUAGACCCGAGGCCCAGGUACCUGUAUCAAGAAAUACGAUUACCAGAAAUGACGCUAGAGCAUCUGGUAGAUCAGUUGGUGCUAUCGAAAGCUUUAUUGAAAGCAAUACUUCGGAUAUCUCCAGACAGGCAGCUGUCACUGAUUAUAAAUUAUACGAGCGCGAAAAUAUAAUAGCUGCUUCACGAUUUGCUACUCCAAAACCAGUAGAGCAAAUCAGUGCGCAGCAACAGCAGCAACAACAGAAUCAAACUCGUGCAAAUCAUCAACAAACUCCUGUUUAUGAGAAUAUAGAUUAUUAUCCGCAGCAAAAUCAGCCGCAUCCUCCUUAUUACCAUCCAAUAGAAUCAAGAAAAAGCCCUAAAAGUAGUCCUAGAGGUUCCUUAGUUGGUGAUUCAUAUGAAGGAACUUACAGAAAAGCUCAACCACAAGUGCCAACUGGCAAUCGUUAUCAAAAUGCAUCACCAGCAAAAGAAUUACCACCUUAUGAAGCACCACCAGUAUAUGAAAAUAUACAAGAAGUGCAUUUUUCUGAGAAUAUACAGAAUAAGCCAGGACCUCAGGUUCCACCGAAUUAUUAUCAUCCAGCAAAUAUCAAUGGUGGUGACUAUGUUGUUAUGACUGGAAAAGUGAGUCAAUCUCAAAAUCAACGAGGACUAAAUCAAAGUUUAUCAUAUACCCAACAAAGAAGUGGAAGUUUACGUGGUCAAAGUUAUGAUAGUGCAAGUUUACAACGAUCAAUCGAUUCGUCUACUGCUAGGUAUUUACAAAACUCAACUUCUGCUUCUUCAGAUCAUCAAGCUGGAAGAAGCGCUUAUGUGCCCCCCUCCGAAUUGCAACCACCAAAUAGGAGCUUUAAUUAUAAUGCUGAACAGCAACAACAACAACAACAACAACAAUCUCCUAGAUCCGGUUUACCGUAUCACAGUGAAUCUCCUCCUAUACGUUUACCGCCAGAACCUCAUCAUUAUCGUGGUUCAUUGGAAAAUACUAUGAGUGGACAACAAGGAUUUCGUGCUACAAAUCAAGUUGAUAACAGUCAACCCUCGCAGUUUCGUCAGGACAAUCCGCAAAAUUACAAGCAAUAUGUUGAGGUUUCUCCAAGAACUACAAAUACAAGUUUCACAGGGGAUUCGCAAGCCAGAAAUUCUCCAGUAUACGGAAUUCGUUCAGGAGAGCAGACAUGUCGUAAUUCUCCAUGUUAUUCUCCCAAUCGGGCGAUGCCUCAGAACGACAGAAACUAUCAUCAUCAAGAAAAUCGACCAGAUUUUCCUGCAAGAAAUUCUCCUGUUUAUUCUUCAAAUCGCUCCACAGAACAUUUGAGAUUAGGUACACUACAACAAAAUGAUAGAAAUUACAUUUCAGAUGUAUCAGAUCUUUCAAGUUCAAGGAAUUCAUCUCUGUACUCUUCAAAUCGAAGUGAUUCUGCCAGAGCUAUUAUUGCUAACAACAAUGCAGUAAAAGAGUCUCCAAAAACAAGUCCAACGCAUGGUCAGAUGCCAGAUAUUGCUUCGCAAAAUAUAAUUAAUUCACCUAGACAUGGAAUGCCUCCUUCAACUAAUAAUUCUAUUGCAAGUCCGAUACGUGGACAGGUACAAGCUCCUGUCAACAGUGCUUCAACUACAACCAGUGAAAUUGACGCUCAUGCUGGUCCAAGGAUUACCAGCCUUCCUCCUGGUGUUACCAGUGGAGUUGCAGGCCCCGUACUCUUAAAUGCUGGUGUACCUGUGUUGCAAAGACCUGAUUCGGAGGCAGAAGAGAAAAAAUCUGUUAGUCCGCCGAUCAAGCCUGCACCUGGGAAGGGAUUGUUACCCUACAAUGUCAUUUCUAGACCUUCGGGACCAACGGAAGCGGAGAGAAAGAUAGAAGAGUUGACAAGACAACUUGAAGAGGAAAUGGAAAAACAAGAGGAAGAAGGAGAAUAUUUUGGUAUUUGCCAUACAUGUGGUGAGAAAGUAACCGGCGCCGGACAGGCUUGUCAGGCAAUGGGCAAUCUCUAUCAUACCAAUUGCUUUAUCUGCUGUUCCUGCGGAAGGGCUCUCCGUGGCAAAGCUUUUUACAAUGUGCACGGAAGAGUCUAUUGUGAAGAGGAUUAUUUGUAUUCUGGUUUUCAACAAACAGCCGAAAAAUGUGCUAUUUGCGGCCAUCUUAUCAUGGAAAUGAUACUGCAAGCAAUGGGCAAAUCCUAUCACCCGGGCUGCUUCAGAUGUUGUGUGUGCAACGAAUGCCUCGAUGGCGUUCCCUUCACGGUCGAUGUCGACAAUAAGAUCUAUUGUGUAAACGAUUACCACAGAAUGUUCGCGCCUAAGUGUGCGUCUUGUGGAAAGGGAAUCACGCCGGUUGAAGGAACUGAAGAAACGGUCAGAGUAGUCUCGAUGGAUAAAGAUUUUCAUGUAGAUUGCUACGUUUGUGAGGAUUGUGGAAUGCAAUUAACCGACGAGCCAGAUAAAAGAUGCUACCCACUUGAUGGUAGACUUAUGUGCCGUGCUUGUCACAUCCAACGUAUAUCGCAUACGCAACCAAGGGCACCACAACCAGUAUCAGCUAGCUAUCAGUUUAUGGGUUAAGCUUACUAAUCACUAACGUUUAAGUUUUUAUCGAAACUUUUCGAACUACGCACGUAAUGAUCAUCCGA